AUGUCAGGGUCCUUCUGGAAGUUUGGACAAGAUUUUAGUUCACAAUCUCCGUUAUCUAAGCUGCUGAAUAGGGCUUUUAUCAAGCUUGAUGAUAAACGUACUAGUACGGAAGCAAAAGAGAAAAUUGAUUCUAAUAGCACAGAUGAAAAUUUGGAAAGCAAUUCCUUGAAAUCGGAAGACGAGGAAGAAGAGGAAUGCGAUCUGCCUAGCAGGGAAGAAGACUACAAAGCUUAUAAACCAAAUCUGAGUCUGCUGAACGAUCUUUUAGAUGAUGAAGAGUUAUAUACUGAACUAAUGUGUUCUAACUUCAAGCUACUAAUAUACUUAAAGUACCCUGAAGUAUUGUCCAAAUUGAUAGAUUAUGUCAGAAAUAAUACCAUACUUGACUCCAGUAUUGAUAGAGUUAUUUCCGAGGAGAGUGAUUUAGUACAUGAUGAAGACAAAUACAUAGCGGAGGAUUUUGAGAAUGGUAACGCAAAAACGAAAAGCAUUGGCGGUAUUUCUGAACGAAAAGAACGCACACACAGUGAUGAAGAAGAGCAAUUGGAAAGCGAAGAGAAUGAUAAUGCCUCUGAGGAUACGAGAGUUACUCUUCCCCAUGAAAUAGAGGAACACGAUGAUAUUCGAAGAGCCAGAAUAGCUGCUGAAAUAUUGUCCGCCGACGUAUGGCCCAUAUCAUCUGCUUUGAUUGAAAACGAAGGGCUCCUGACCAAGCUUUGGUCGAUCCUCAGGCACCCUUCUCCAUUGUCAAUUGAGGCAUCAACAUAUUUUAUGAAAAUAAACGAACGUCUCUUGGACAUGAAUAUGGACGGAAUCAUCGAAUUCAUACUGAAAAAAGAACACAUUGUUGACGAUUUCUUGGCACAUAUAGAUAAUCCGCCCUUGAUGGAUUUUCUAUUAAAAGUGAUAUCGACCGAUAAGCCAGAAAUAUCAAAUGGAGCUAUCCAACUGUUUAAGGAACAAAAUUUGGUUCCAAAGUUGAUUAAUUUACUCGAUCCUGUAUUUGAUUCUUGCACGCAAUCUGCUGCCGGUGACUUUCUGAAAGCUCUGGUUACCAUUAGCGGCAACUGUCCUAAUGAAAUCACUUCGAGCAUCGGACCUAAUGAAUUAACAAGGCAAUUAGUUUCUGCAAAUAUGGUGAAACAACUUAUGGAUAUAAUGCUCAAGGGAGGUAAUUCGUUAAAUAAUGGCGUUGGGAUUAUCAUUGAGCUGAUAAGGAAAAACAACUCUGAUUAUGAUGCUAUACAGACAAAUUAUACCACCAUUAAAUCUCAUCCCCCAACAGAUAGAGACCCAAUUUAUUUGGGAUAUUUGGUUAAAAUGUUUUCGGAACGCAUGGCUGAUUUUAACAAAAUACUAACUGAAAAGAAGAUUCCUCUUUUACAGACAUCCUAUGGGACUAUUGAACCGUUGGGAUUUGAAAGAUUCAAGAUAUGCGAACUUAUUGCUGAACUGUUACACUGCUCAAACAUGACUUUAUUGAAUGAACCGAACGCCUAUGAUGUUGUAAGAGAGCGUGAUAUCGAAAGAGAGAGAAUCUUCAAUUCACAAGAUUGCGCGAAUUCUAACGAUUGUAGUGAAUCAAAAGAAAAUGAAGAUGUCAACGGAGGCGAUGCUAAUGAUGAAGAGGAAGAUGAUACAAAUCAGGUAGAAUCUGCUGGCACCUCAAUUGAUGGGGAAGAAGUUAUCGAUAAGUUAAAUUCUUUACAGAUAGAAUCUAAUAAAGUAAACCAGAAAAUGAAUAAUGAAGAGCAAAGUAGUUCAAUGCCAGAUUUCAGCAAUGGUGAUCUAGAUGACGAAGAAAAUGAAAAUCCAUUUGAACCCCAAUAUUCAGACGUCAUUCUAGAUUCUUCUGACAUGGAGAAAAAAUUUCGCAUUUCUCCUAACAUUGGAGAUCAACUGAAAAUCGCUUUACAAGAUACCGGGGUGGUAGAUACUAUGCUCGAAAUGUUUUUUCACUUCCAGUGGAAUAAUUUUCUUCAUAACGUAGUCUACGAUGUCGUUCAGCAGAUUUUCAAUGGUCCACUCAAAAUAGGUUAUAAUAGGUUCCUUUUAGGCGAUCUCCUAAUCAACAUCCGUUUAACCGAUAUGAUUAUUAAAGGAAACAAUGAAUGCACAGAAUAUGAGAAAGCACACGAUACCAGACUUGGAUAUAUGGGCCACCUGACUCUAAUUGCGGAAGAAGUCACCAAAUUUACUGCAUACAUUGAAGAGAUGAACAUUAGCUUUGAAAACACUGAAGUAAUGAGUUCUUUAUUCGAGAGUAAAUGGAUUACAUAUACCGAGGAUGUUUUAGAGGAUUUAAAGGAAAAAUACAACGCCAUAUUAGGUGAUAUCGCCGAAGAAGGAGACAUGUUGGAAAAUGAAGAAGAGGAUACUGUUUACGGCAAGGGAGCGCAUCCUAUGGGAACCGUUGAUGACUAUAUUAAUGACAUAAUGCAAAUGGACAAUGUACGGUGUCAACCAGUGGAAGAUGAUGAAGGAGAAGGGUAUGUUAGUUUUGAUGAAGAUGAACCCCAAGAAUAUUGUAACGACGAUUCUGUCAGAAACAAGGAAUCUGACUCAUCAAAAGGUGAACGUGACCACCAAGAGCACCUAUAUUACGAGUACGUCAGUGAAGAUGGUACAAAAACAAGGUUGAACUUCGACUCUGGUUGUGAUUCCACGGAACAAGCUACAGAUGAAGUGGAUGGCGACGAUAAGAUACCACUGAAGCUCAAACGAAGUUUUACGGACGCGUGCAAAUCUGAAAUAAUACUGAAUAAUACCGUUCAUACUAAAGAAGAAAGUGAAUUUCAAUUUAGCACCGAAUUUAGCGACGGCUGGGAGUCAUCACCUUCUAAUUCAAUACCUAAGAGAGUUUCCCCGUCGAAAAAUGACAUGAACUCACCUGUGUUUCAGCAUCAGUUUGAACUUCAUAGUCCCACUGAUGAACGUAGCGGUCAUAAGGGUGAAAUAUCAAGCGCCGGUGGCCAUGACUACGACGUAGAUGAGUACGACGAAUUGAGCGACGACAGCGAUGAAGAGUACGAUAACUGCGAAGAUGAAGACAGUUUAGAUUAUGCUGAUUCCAACGCAUAUGCAUUGUGUAGGUCCAAAAGUAAGGACAAGAUAUCAUGGGAUGAAGAAGAGCAGGCACGAUUAAUGGGUGUUGUAAAAUUUAAUACGGAGCAUUACAGGGACUAG